AUGACGGCUUCAUCUCUCAAAAUUAAAGGAUUGCUAGGAAUGGUUACUCUGUGCCAGAAAGAUAAUAAUUUCUUAAAAUGGCAGUAUCAGAUUGAAUUUUUCCUAGAAGGUUAUGGUCUUUUCGGCCACUUCGAUGGAUCUACCAUUGCUCCCCAAAAAUUUGUUGUUUUGGAUGAAGAAGGAGUCACCUCAUAG